GGGCGCAAUUCGCUCUUCAGGAUACUCGAGUCGGUUAUCGCUUGGCCCGGUGUUUAUUGGCAAGCGGCGGGGAGGAGGAGGAGGAGGGGGAGAGAGAAAGAGGGGGAAAGGCUGAGGGAGGAGCUGCCGCUGCCCGGUUGGGGGGAAGAAGCCGCCGCUGCCUGUGGAACCAGGUGCCUGCCCAGCCCCCGGGUACCGCCCGCCACAAGCCACCCGCCCUGCCAGCCGGAUCAUGGGGGCCGGCCGGUGACUGCGCUUCCCUGCCGCGCGGUAAAGAUACUCUGAGGCAAUCCCCGGGCCAGGCGUGUGGUGGCGGGGACGGGCUGAGUCGGGCUCCCUCCUCCUCCUCCUCCGCGUGAAGCAGAGCUUAAGCUGCCCGCCGCCUCCUCCGCCAGGCUCGGCCCCGCCAAAAUCCCUUCCCGGCCAGGUGCGCCUCUCCUCCCCGCCCCCUCAGGAGCAGAAAUCGCAGUGCUGCUGCUGCUGCUGCUGCUCCCCGCCCUGCUCCCCGGAUGAGCGUGACCGGCCCGGAUCCGCCACAGGCCGUCAGGGUUGGGGGUCUCCCACCCCGGAGGAAGCCGCUCUGAUGACGGCUUUCCUGCGUGGAGCCAGGCGGCCCUCCUGAAGACACGUCAACAGCCGCAACUGCUCUCGGGCUUGAUCAAGAAGGGACGGCGGCGGCGGCGGCGGCGGCUGCUUCUCUCCCCUCUUCCUCUCCCCUCCCCGCCACCCCACCUCUCUUCCCCGGCGGCAAGAUGACCACCCCGGCUCUGCUGCCUCUUUCUGGGCGCCGGAUCCCGCCUCGCAACUUGGGUCCUUCGUCCUCCUUCCCCCACCACAGAGCUACCUUGAGACUCUCUGAGAAAUUCAUCCUGCUGCUGAUUCUCAGUGCCUUCAUCACUUUAUGUUUUGGGGCCUUCUUCUUCUUGCCGGACUCUUCAAAACACAAACGUUUCGACCUGGGCUUGGAGGAUGUCUUGAUUCCUCACGUGGACACUAGCAAAGGGGGGAAGAACGCGGGCAGCUACUUGAUCCAUGGACAAGGGCAUGACCAGCACAGGCACAGGGAAGAAGAGGAACGUUUGAGACAUAAAAUCCGUGCAGACCAUGAAAAAGCUCUGGAGGAAGCAAAAGAGAAACUGCAGAAACCACGGGAAGAAAUCAAAGCAGAAAUUCAGACUGAGAAGAACAAAAUUAUUCAGGGCUUGAAGAACAAAAGCAGCAAGCCUCUACCACCAGUCCCUGUGCCAAAUCUUGUUGGAAUAAACAGUGGUGACCCCGUAGACCCAGAUAUCAGAGAAAAAAGAGACAAAAUUAAAGAGAUGAUGAAACAUGCCUGGAAUAACUACCGGCAGUAUGGAUGGGGACAUAAUGAACUGAAACCAAUUGCUAGGAAAGGACAUUCCACCAACAUAUUUGGUAAUUCACAGCUGGGUGCUACUAUAGUAGAUGCAUUGGAUACCCUCUACAUUAUGGGCCUCCAUGAUGAAUUCAAAGAUGGGCAAGAAUGGAUUGACAAUCACCUUGAUUUCAGUGUGAAUGCAGAGGUAUCUGUCUUCGAAGUCAACAUUCGCUUCAUUGGUGGCCUGCUUGCAGCUUAUUACCUUUCAGGACAGGAGGUAUUCAAGAUAAAAGCUGUACAGUUGGCAGGGAAACUUCUUCCUGCCUUCAAUACACCUACUGGGAUUCCUUGGGCAAUGGUGAAUCUGAAAAGUGGUGUAGGUCGCAACUGGGGCUGGGCUUCUGCUGGCAGCAGUAUACUGUCUGAGUUUGGUACACUUCACAUGGAAUUUGUACACCUGAGCUACCUAACUGGCAACCCUGAAUAUUACGACAAGGUCAUGCAUAUUCGUAAACUACUUCUAAAAAUGGAGCGCCCUAAUGGGCUUUAUCCAAACUACUUGAAUCCAAGGACUGGCCGCUGGGGUCAGCAUCACACAUCUAUGGGCGGUUUGGGAGACAGUUUCUAUGAGUACUUGCUGAAAGCCUGGCUGAUGUCAGAUAAGAUGGAUGUGGAGGCAAGGAAAAUGUAUGAUGAUGCUAUAGAGGCCAUUGAGAAGCAUCUUAUCAGAAAGUCCAAUGGAGGCCUAACGUUUAUUGGGGAGUGGAAGAAUGGGCAUCUUGAGAGAAAGAUGGGGCAUCUCACAUGCUUUGCUGGGGGAAUGUUUGCACUUGGAGCAGAUGGUUCCCGGGAUGAGAAGGCUGGACACUACCUGCAACUUGGAGCUGAGAUUGCACAUACAUGUCAUGAAUCAUACGACAGGACAACAUUAAAGCUGGGCCCUGAAGCUUUCAAAUUUGAUGGUGGUGUGGAAGCAGUGGCAGUCCGGCAAAAUGAAAAGUAUUAUAUUUUAAGACCAGAGGUGAUAGAGACUUACUGGUAUAUGUGGCGAUUCACACAUGAUCCCAAAUAUAGGCAGUGGGGCUGGGAGGCAACACAGGCCAUUGAGAAGUACUGCAGAGUGAGUGGUGGAUUUUCUGGGGUCAAGGAUGUCUACUCCUCAGCUCCUACAUACGAUGAUGUACAGCAAAGCUUCUUUCUUGCUGAAACACUUAAGUAUUUGUAUCUACUGUUCUCCAAUGAUGAUCUCCUACCUUUGGAUCACUGGGUUUUUAACACAGAAGCUCACCCUCUGCCUAUUUUACAUCUAGCCAACACGACACUUUCAGGAAAUCAUGCAUAUCGAUAGAAACUAUUCCAGGACAAGAAGGAAAGACUUACUUUUAACUGUGUUUUGUUUACAUGGACCACUUCAAACUUAAGGCUUGAGAGAAGACUGGCAUUUGUGAAUUAAUCUAGACCUUUAAAUUGAGAGAGAGAGAGAGAGAGAGGAUCAAAACUGCACUCUUAAGCAUGUAGAUACAUUAACUCUGAAAAAUUCCAUUUUAUAUAUGACCAAAACAAUCUACUGCAGUGUGUGCCAGAAAGAGACUUUGUAUAUUUGCAACUGAGAAAGUGGAGCAUGGUGUUGAAGAAUCUGAAGGCCAAGGGAACAUGCUUCCUGUCCAAGUACAGGAGUGAGCUGCAACUGUUACUACUGAUCUUUGUAGUGAGCCAUCUCCUACUCAGAUGAUGUGGAUUCCUGAGAUUUUGUCAUUAGCUUUUUCUUUCAGAGAUGGCAUGAGCAAAACAAUGGCAGGCAACGAAAGUGCACACUAGCACACAGAUUUGAAGCACCUCUAUUCCUGUUCUGAAUUUUCUACUCUUCAUCAGUCUGUCUAGACUGGCAGCCAUUCCCAGUGCCUCUCAGACCCUUGCCUCUUUUUUUUUUUUAAAUUAUUAUUACUAAUAAUGAUGAUAAUAUUGAUUAAACAUCUGUCCUUGUAGUGUUGUUCAGCAGGAAUUGGAUAUAGAAAAUAUCACACCCUCUUUUGAGCUGUCAUCUUGGGAUUUGGAAAGCUUCAUUCACUGCAGAGUCGUUUCUCUUGCUACCAUGACAAAAUUGCCCAAUGCUGUCUACCACUUGAUCAAGAUUCCCUUCAACUAAGCUGCAAUAACUGAACUUGUCUAUGAAGCCUGGAGUUUCACUAAGCUCUCACUCUGUUUUUUUAUUUGUAUACUAUAAAGAACUGUUCUUUACCAAUCCUAAGUCCUGUGAGUAAAACUGUUACCUGGAUAUAAUGGUACUUGUGUUUGGAUCUUGUGUAAAAGCUGAUGUCUGAUGAGGAAUUGGUUAGUCUUCAUUUACACAAUAGAAAUCCUACCACUUGACCUCCAAGUAACAGGAAAAAUAACACCUUUAGGUGUCUGUGAUAGUAAAGAACAGAUAGAAGGAAUUUGAAAGUGAAUUUUCCGGUCAGCUUCUCUACACUUCAGUUAAUGGGAACUUUUUGGCAUAAGUUUUUCUUAGGUGGAUGUUUAAAGGUUUUGUAUGAAUUAUUCAUGUAUAUUGGAAUCUGAUUUCCUGGUGAAUAUGAAUUUACAAACAUUUUUGUUGUUGAUAUGCAUCCUUUUAAAGAAUGCUUAAACCCAAAAUAGUGGUUAAAAAUCCUCUGUGUUGGCUAAGUAGCCCUUUGGGACCUUAGCAUGCUUCAGGAAUAGAAACGUUCUGAAACUCAGCAAACCAUUUAACUAGGCAACUGCUGGGGGAAAAACUCCUAGGAUCCAAUUCUGGUGAGAAAAACAGUUAAUAUAUUUUGCAGAUUCAAAUUGUCAGAGUGGAGAUCACUGCAAUAUGCGCUAUUUGCACUGGCAAUACUCGCUGACAUGAGAAAGAAAAUUACUCAGAGGAUACAUUUCAAUGGGAUGACUUUGAGUAAUUUUCCUCAUUAUGCCUGCCACUAUCUGUAUCUCUGAAUAUCAGCUUGGCCAGGAUCAUGCUGCAUUGUAAUGUGAAAUCAAGUAUCUUGUGCACAUUUCUAGCCCAUGUAGCCACAGAGAUGAGCCUAAAAACAUCUUGGGAGUUUUUAUGGAAUUUGAAAUAGAGAUUGUCUAAGUAGGAUUCCAGGCAUGAUGAGCUGUGAUUUAAUCACUUAGCACAUAUGUCAGGACCCCUCCCCCAGCCUCCAGUUCAUGUUUUACUAUCCCUACAAAUCUCUUUUCUGCACUUCCACACCCUAAUGUUUUCCUCAUAAGUUCCUUCCUUUUCUUGGUCCCUCAAUUAAUUCAAAAUUAGAAAUUAUGCAUGAAAAAGCAAGUGAGGAACUGAAAUGAGUAACAUUUACAAUUUUGGAUAAUGGAGUUCAGUUACAGAAUCUGGGAUCUUUUAACAGAAUUCUGGAGCCAUUCUGUCUAGUACUGAGUUGAAAGUUGAAGAUCUCUCUUCAUAAGGUGCUGAUACUGUUUUUAUUGAUCCUAAAUAACUGAUCUUAGGAGUGCUGAUAGUGUUCUUACUGAAAUCAGUGGCAAAACGUUGUGUGGUGCAUAAUGCAAGCCCAGAAUGUAUUUUUGUGUGUGUGUGUUGAAGAGUACCAUACAAGGAGUGACUAAAAUUAUUCUUUGCCUAAAAAGAAUAGAAUUGGGUUUGAAAUUAGGCUGAAAAUGUUUUAGCCACCUCCUGUAUAUGGAAACAAUGUAUAGAAUGUCUUGAAUUCCUCUGCUUGAAAGUACCACAUAACUGCUAAUUAUUUUUUUUGUCGUCUUGGAUAUUAUUGUGUAGACCAAUCUUUCUUUCAUGUGCUAGUUUUCAGCAGAACUAUACAUUACAAACAAUGCAACCUCAUGAUUUGGGAUGCUAACACUCUCCAUCUAAAUAUCUCCUGAAUUUUGAGGUUUCAAAUUACCUGAUCUUGUUUGCAGAGCAGCAAUUUGCCGUUUAUUUCCAAACUUUGCUCAGACCUAUGUACAUGCAGUUUUCAGUUGCUUUCCCCUCUUACUAGUUACCAAUGUGUUUCAGUGCAUUUAAUUAAAACAUAUGUAAAAACUAAUUUUGAUGUAAUUCCAUGGAUAUGCACAUGUGCAUUAAUUAAAUCUUUAUGCAAAAAGGAAUCCUGAUGACAUAUGAUUGCAUUAAGUUUCCUUUUUGCAUGGUGUGUUAAUCACUGUGCUAAUGUAAUGGGAGUAAAAGGCAUUAACUGAUAACUGUGCCAAGCUGCAACUAUGCCAAUUCUGAAAUGUAACUUUAGAAAUUCUCCAAGUUUAAAACCAGCAGGCAGUAUGGAAUACAGGGCAGAUCCAACUCGCGCAAAAAUGUAUCAAAAUGGGGAAUAUUUGUGUAUCUUUAGUUGUGCUGUGUAUUUCCCUGUCCAGCAGCAGCCAAUGACAUGGAAUGGGGACAAGGAAAUGCAAAAUCUUGAGACUGUAACGGUGUAAGUGCAGCUAAAUAUUAUAGGAGAGAGGGUGCAGAGUGUCAUUUUCAUCAGCAUCCCUUUGUCUACUGUAACAUGUCUUUCCACCCUAAAAUGCCUGUCUUCGAGUAAAUGAAAAUAAUUUUUUUUCUUCAAAGUUAGAGUCUCAAACACCCAUAGACAGGUGACUCUGUAAUUCACAUAAUUACAAAAACAAAACUUUAAGUUCAAUAGGCUUAAUUACUACUAUAACUAACAACCACUGUAGUAAAUUGCAACUUGCUUGACUAUUUACUGAAAACUAGAAUCUAAAUAAAAUCGCUACAGUAAUUCUUAGCAUCAUUAAAACUAAUUAACUAAUAAGGAUUCAAUUACUUAAGGCAACUACUUCUGUUCCCAUUCUAAAGGAGUGGCUUAAAAUUAGAUUUUCCACUCUUGUUUUAAUUACUAGUCAGUUGAACUUUGCCCAUGGUUACUUUGCUCAGAUGAGCUUUAUUUUGCAUCAGGAGAAUGGGGGGCAGGGAAGCAUUAUAUGUGUGUCCAAUUUUUCACAUAUUGCUCUGAACAAAAUAACCUUCACAGAAUACUUGCCCAGUACUGCAAGGAAAUCAAGGAUGGAAUUAUGUAGAGCUAGAAACAGGAAGUCAUGCCCAGUGAUGCUUGCCUUCCCAUCAGUGUGACUCGAGUUACAAAACUGCCAUUUGCUUUCAUUUCCUCUGAGUCUCAGGUGGUUAACUCGCUACCACAAAAAAGUGUUUAAUUUUAGAUUCUGAGCCAUUUCAUAGCAAGGAGAUUGAAAUGUUCACUAAUCAGGUAUAAUCAUGGAAUUAGUUGCAAAUAUUUGCUUAAUUAGUUCACCAGAGUACUUGUUGGCUUCACUACUUAUAGCACCACCCCUGCACUACCUCUCAAACUAUACAAGUUUGUAUACAGAGACCAACUUUAUUAAGUUGUGUGUGUUCUGUCAUUAAUAGGGCCGAAUUACAGUGGCAAGUGUGAGCAAUUGUUCCAAGACUAUAUCAUAGCCAUGAAUUAUGAUGCUUGGAUUCUGGCUUCAGAGAACUCAUCACUUCUUGUUCCUUAGUAUCAUAGAAUUUGAGUUCAAAGGCACCUUUGUGGUCUUCUAGCCCAAUCCCUGCUUAGUGCAGGAAACUACUGCAGCAUCCCUGACGGAUGGCUAUCCAGCCUCUGUUGAAAUUAAACCUCCAGUGAAAGAGAGCCAACCACUGCAUGAGGCAGACUGUUCCACUGUCAAACAGCUCUUACAAUUAGGGCAUUCUUCUGCUUUCUUGUAAUUUCGGUUCUAGUCCUGACCUCAGGAGCAAGAAGUUUUAGGGGUAAAUUUAUAUGCGAUUACUCACAUGAUUAUUACAGCUGUCACUUGAUAAUGUAAAGAUGUGAAAGUACUACCAUACAUGCUGAGAGGCACACUAUUAUGACAGUUGUUCAUCUACAGUCCAGUUGCAACAAGGGUAAAUUAGAUUUAGCUUGCUAAGGAAAAAAGCAUAUAGGUUUAAAGAUUACAUAAGAAGAAAAAUGUUACAGUUGCUAGGAUUCUUCAAAAAAAUCUGCUGCUAUUCUACAUAUAAAUAAAAUUGAUACAGUUGGAUUUUAAAAAUUGGCAUUUUGCAUUUAGUUAUUACAGUCCCUAUAUUUUAACAAAACUCACAAUUCUGGUUCCUUCUGUAUUUUUACAGCAUACCUGCUUCCCAUCCCCCAACAAAACCUUUACUAUAGAAUAUCUUUAAGUAUUGUUUGUGAAGGCUGGUUCACACAUGCAUGUAUACCAUUUGUUUUCUCUACAUUUGAUUACAGUACCCUCUUUGACCGACAGCUGAAUGUUUGACCUGACUUCAUUUUAGUUUCAGGUUAUGUGAGGUGGGCUAUCUGUAUGGUAUCUGUGAUGACCCAUUCAAACAUCCAAGUCAUUGUUUAAUGUUGAUGGUCUUGAACAAGGUCUUAGUGUCUCUUCUGUGGAGACAGACAUGUAACCUUCUUCCUUGUGCUAGCCCAAGAACACAAAAUAAUUAAACAUCACCACACAAUGUUUCCUUAAAAAUCUUUUUAAAAAUUCAUUUAAUAUUAAAUACUAAAGCUUCUAUUUCUGAAAGGCUGAAAAUAGUACUCUGCAUCAAAGUCACAUUCUCUAAUCCAUGUGGGCUGUAUAGAGACUGCAGAUGUCAUCUGAAAAUGAAAUCAAAUAACUGGAACCCCAGAACAUUUUGCAGAGAGGGGGGAUUUCACUUUCGGUUGUCUAGUAAGCACUGGCAGCCUAGUUGUUUCUGCCAUAAUGGGGAUGUGCUCCUAAGACUCCUUCAUGUCUGAAAAUGUUUAGCUGGUUGAAAUAACUUUUUUUAUUAUUAUUAUUAUUAUUAUUAUUAUUAUUAUUAUUAUUAUUAAUUCAAUUUCUAUACCGCCCUUCCAAAAAUGGCUCAGGGCGGUUUACAAAGAGAAAUAACAAACAAAUAAGAUGGCUCCCUGUCCCCAAAGGGCUCACAUUCUAAAAAGAAACAUAAGACACACACCAGCAACAGUCACUGGAAGUACUGUGCUGGGGGUGGAUAGGGCCAGUUACUCUCCCCCUGCUAAAGAAAGAGAAUCACCACGGUAAAAGGUGCCUCUUUGCCCAGUUAGGAUAGGUUAGACCUAUCCUCUGCUUAUUUAUAUAUUUAAAAGCCAUAAAUGUCAUGGGCAUAGUUCCUGUAAGAGAACAAGGGCCUAAUGAGCGGGAACUGUGUUAUCUUAGUGCUGUGUUUGGGCUACUAAUUUAUGAUUUUCACUCACUCACUCACUCCUUGGAUUGCUAGUGAUCUAUUUGUUAAUGCCAAACUGCUUCUGCCUUUUCAAGACUAGCUAGCAAAACUGGCACUAGAUGCCAGAGAUCACUAUUUAACACCACAGAAGCUUUGUUCUGGGUUCUUUAACAUUCAGACACAUGUUGGCAUUAAUCCUAUUCUUUGAUUUGUUCAGGACUUUUCACACUGUAAAAAUGGGGAAAUAUAAUGGAGAGCAGUUAAAAGGCUAGUCCCUCAUGUUUCAUGUUGGUGAAUAAUUUUAACUGGUGUUUUUGGACUGCCAUGCCAGAUUAAAUGAUGAGACCCAGCUCACUAUUAUGGCCGAGAUGUCAAGCUGUAGUGGUACAGUUCUUGGCACCUACUGGCCUAGGGGAAACUGCUUGAUUUAGUCAAUCUGCCUUUAAACAUUGUUGUUUGUGGUGGAUGUUUGCCUGUCGUCAUGCCUCUACUUCACUUUCCUAAAGUUUAUAGAUUAUUUUUCUUCUGAAAUAUUAAAAGGGCAAGAGUCAGCCUUGCGAACUGGGAUGCUUCUGGUUAUCUCUGAGCUGGUAUUCUGCAUAUGUAAUUUUUAAAGGUUUAAAAAGAAUAUUGUAUAUAAAAAUAAAGAAUGUCUUUAAAAGAAA